GGCCUUUGUCUCGAACAAUGACACCCAUUUUAAGCUCUCCUUAUGCCUUUUUGGAAUCUCUUUGACUCCUUUCAUAGUGAAAUCCUCUCUCAAUAUCGGUGAACAUGCCCCCCCAUUUCUCAAUCUCUGCUUUGACCAGCCAUUCAUUAUUAUACACCCCCCCGCUCACGCGUUCACCCUCCCCCAAUGAAUCACUCGGUUCAAACCACGGAGAUGACAAGACAUCAUUUUCAGACUCGGAAUCCGUAAUUUCGCAGUCGGGUUUCAACGUGAAGCAUGACAAUCGUCUAAAGUUGUACCAACCACGGCCAGAGGAAGAAGCAGCCGAACAACCUGUCUUGAUUGAGCGGCCUACGACGCCCUCCAGGGCGCAGGAACUGGCGGAGCAAAUUGUGGACAGCUUGCGCCGUAAAGUGAGAAUGAUCUCCCAGAAUGAGAUCAUUGAACAGGAGAUUAUGUUCCGCGGAUCCAGAAUUGGUACGGAACGACCCCAGUCUAGCAUGGGUGUGGAUGAAAUCAUCCAGAGCAUGAUGCCGAAUUCUCAGAAACAGGCCUAUGGACAACCGCCGGGGCGUUUGUUUAUUGCCAACAAGGAGCCCUGGGCUGUAGAUAGCCCUCCCCAGGGGUACGCGGUAUCGGUGCCGGGGCAAUCACCUGCCAUUGCCUCGCCACAACCAUCUAGAAGGAGGGCCAAAGGAAAGAGGAAAACGUGAAAAAACGCAAUGCCUGGAAACUGUAUACAUUGUAUGAAACGUCAUCUGUACAAAAUAUAUACUGUAUUUUACUAUUACACUUAGAGUCACAACAUAGUUCCAUGAGUAUCAG